CGCUCUUCGCGCCUGUUGACGGCGCCGAGGCGGCGGAACGAGAGCGAGGAGAAAAGGCGGGCGAUCUCUUCCCUCCGAGCCGCCACCAGCCAGGCCGCGUGGCCCGCUGCGCCGCCCGACUCCCGAGCGCGCCAGCGAAAAAACCAGUCCAUCGCCGGCAACGGUCGCCGCAGCUUCGCUCCUUGCGCCGCCGUUCGCCAGUUCACCGCUCCUGGUGGGGGAGCCGCGUGUGCGCGCGUUUUGAAUCCUGUCGUGCAUGCUGCGACGCCUUGACCCGUGCGCUCGACCGAAGACGCUCGCUCACAACUUCGACGCCUGCGUGCUGCAUCGCGGUCGUCGGCUGAAGACGGCGUCUCCGGGAGUCAGGAGGCGUGACUUGUCGCGCGCUUGUGCGUCCACGCGCUGCGCCCACCUCCACCCGUAUCGCGACGGGUCACUCGCUGCGUGAAUGACCACGUCCGAGGUCUGACCGACCGAAGUGGCGGUGAUGGUAGCGCGUUACUGUUACUCGUAGAAAGUUUGCCUUUCGCCGCGGAUUGUAUCUGUGGAGUGUUGUGUUGCUUUCGAGAACAAGAAAAACUCGAAUGGAGUGAUAGCUAACGUUUUGCUUAACGUCGACUUGCGGUGCAAAGAAACAAGCCACUGUUAGUGCGCUGCCAUUGUCCGCCGGCCCCUGCACGUCUGCUGCCUGUGAUUUCACUUGACGGGUUCGAUCACCGAGUGGCCGCGAAGUUCGCGGUGUUUUGUUCGAAAGUGGCGGAAGGAGAGACGACGAAGUUAUCAUCUGCGGAAACCUGCGCGGGGAAAUAAGUGCUCUUGGCUGGCUUGUGUGCUUUUUUUUUUCUCCACAUCUUAUUGUUUGUGUCCCCUUUGUCUUUGGUUGUGCGUUUCACCCGGAGGCCGCCAAACAUGAGUGUUGUUCAACCCCAGCGUGCUGCGGGCCUGUGGAUACCGUUCGCCCUCGUCGCCGCCAGCACCGUCAUAGGUCUGGUAUCCGGCGUGCAAGAGUUCGAGAAAACACCAUCGGACUCGGAGGUAAACCCUGGAACCGAAGUACGGUUGCAGUGCCAGGUGCGAAAUCGACGAGGCGAGUGUGUGUGGCUUAAGAAUGGCUACGCUGUGGGCAAGAUCCCGGACAAGUACGACUUCGAGCGAGAGCCGCAGGACGGCGACUGCUCGGUGCUCAUCCGCAAAGUCAACUUGGACGAGGACGACGGCUCCUGGCAGUGCCAGGUCACCAGGGCCUCCCUGCAGGACGCGCCCCUCAACUCUAAUGUCGCGAAGCUCGUUGUAAGAGAGAAGCCGCACCCUCCGCGGCUAGAGGAAGGCACCCAGCCGCUGACCGGGCAGUUCAAGACCAAGGCGGGCGACCUGCGGAGGUUCCAGUGCGUGUCGCGCAAGGGGAACCCGCCAGCGUCGCUCCGCUGGCAGCUGGACGGCCAGGAUGUGACCACCCUCGCCAACCAGACCAACCAGACGGAUGUGGAGAAGCGUGGCACGUGGCAGGCCCUGUCCGUGCUGGACUACACCUUCGUAAAGGAACACAACGGCCGGGAGCUGCGCUGCGUCGCCUACCACGGCGCCUACGAGGACCCGUCCGGUGGGCCGGGACACCGGGACGCCAGCGUCAUCCUUGACGUCAUGUACCCUCCCGAGAUCAAGUACGAGGGCCAUCCUCGCGAAGAGGUCGAAGAGGGCGGCUCGCUGACGCUUAAUUGCGUGGCGGACGCCAACCCGCCGGCGAACAUCCUGUGGCGCAAGUCAGGCCAGUCGAGCAUCUACGACAUCAGCCACAGCAUUCAUUUCAGCUCCAUUCAGCGCACAGACUCCGGCGUCUACAGCUGCUCGGCCAAGAACGACUUUGGAGAGAGCGCCGAGAUACAGGUCACCGUCAAUGUCAAGUACAGGCCGAAGAUCAUCCAAGUGGACCCUUCGUCGCCGGCCACUUUCAACGUGGACGACGUCAUGACGUUGCACUGUGUUGCGGAAGGAAACCCCGUGCCCAAGAUUACAUGGCUGCAGCAGAACGGCCGAGAUCCCAACGUGUGGAACAUCCGUGGCCGCAACGCAACGCUAACGUUGGCCAACGCCAGCUACAGCCACCAGGGAAUCUACCGCUGCGAAGCGAGCAACGUGGUCAAGAACCAGCCGUAUCGCGUCCAGUCGCAGGAAGUGCGCAUCGAUAUUCGAGGCCCUCCGCAGAUAAUGGCGGAAAGCAUGAAGACCCGUCCCGUGGUGGUUGCCAGCAAGGAGGAAGACGUGGCGAUCACGGUGGUGUUCUGCGCCGACCCCAAGCCCGUGGAGACCUUCUGGGGCUGGGGCUCCUACAAGCUAAAGACGGGCAGCGCCCUCGGACGCUUCGUGGCAGAGCCCCUCCUAUCGGACGAAGAGCAGGAGGACUGUUACGAGUCUCGUCUGCUCAUUCAGAAGGUCGAGAGCGACGACUCCCGAAAGUUCACGCUGUUUGUGGACAACGGGAAGGGCAAGGCUUCAUACUCGGUGGCCUUAGAAGUCAAGGAACCACUGGCAAUGACACUGGUCAUUGCUAUUGCCGUAGGAGGCGUCGUCUUCCUGAUUGUCUUCCUAACCCUGUUUGUGUACCUCGUGAGGUCAGAGAAGAUGUGCUUCAGACGUCGGCAUAAGUUUUCGCCAGACGGAGAAAGUGAUGUGGGCAGCACAAACUCGCAAGGCACGCCUCUGUCCAAGAAACAGCCAGGAGGAGGAGGAGGUCACGUGGCCAUCCCACCCGACGCACUCUACACACCUACAUCCAAGAACAACGGCUCUUCCAAGGACUCAACCCAGUACGAAAACGUCAAGAAUGGAUCGCAGAACGGCCGACCCGAGCCCCCUCCGCGAGCAUCCGACGGAAGCAUCGUGUAUGCCAGCCUUGACCUUCCAGCGGCGGCCACCCAGAAUGGCAGCAGGCCAGCGCCGGAGCGCACAGAGUAUGCCGAGCUGCAGUUCCAAGCCAACGGCGCACAGCAGCUCUCAUCGGAGCACGUGUCACUCUAAAUCACCACUGGACGCAAGGUCCACCUGGUGCAGGACGUGCCCAAAGACUAACCGACAGAGCGACGUGCGACUGCUUCAGGGAGGGUGCCGCGCGUGCUAGACUCACUGACCAUGAAAUGUAACGACGUCAGUUUGCCAUGUUUUGUUACUUAGUUAAAGAAAGGAUGCUGGUGUCUCUUUGCGAAGUACUGUUGUCCCAGCCGUUGCUUGUGUUGCACAUGCCGCUAUGAUAGUCGGAGUUCUCUGUGCAGUGCCUAGCGCAGACCAAAUAGUUUUCCGUGUGGUCUUCUGUGCUGUCGCUUGGAACAUAACAUAGAAAAGCGUUGCCGCGACCAGCCACAUAUAAAAAUGGGCAACACCUAUUUCUUAGCUGAGUUUAUUAAGGUUAAUGAAACGCUUCCGAACCAACUCUGAAAUGCAAACAGAGGGCUCGAGACUUCACAAGCAAACCAAAAUGAGGGCACAAUUGCCGCAGUGACUCUAUACGCCCGGCACUUCCCGUAACCGGACUAUUCGUUGGUUGUGCCGCUGUGGGUGACGUACGUCGCGCCACAUAAAGCUAUAUUGGUUCUAGUAAGUGGAACAAGAUUAUGGUAUGUUUCUCUCAUUGCUUGCGUGCUCGGCUAGUCGCAAGUUGAAAAUCAGUCCUAGUUUCCUUUCGAUGCGGGCAAUAGCGUUGCUCUCAACAAGGCUGCUGCAAGCUAUGUUCUGCUUUGCGGAAUCGUUGUAUUUUCCUUGUGAUUGCGCAAGCUUCGCGCGAACGCUUUCGACUUCGCUGGCCUAUAUUUAUGUAAAAUAGAAGCUAGGUGCUUAAGGCGACGCAAAAAAAAAUUAUUUAGAGACAAUUUCAUGCUUUCGAAUUGCCGUUAGGUUAACCUACUUUGGCAUCUCAGCAGGUUAGUCUCUUCUUACGGGAAUAGGUGAAGUGAUUCAUUCUGCAUGGUGCUUGGUAGUUCUAGCACCUUCUAUAUCUGGGGUCAGUGUCAGAAUAUUUCAGGCCAUGAAUUUGCCUCUGAUCGCACUUACUGCAGAAUGAGGUGCGAUUGUCAGGCGGAACCUCUCAUAUCCACACGUUGCCCUUGCUGAACAGAGAGCACGACUUAUCGAUUGCGGUCCUUUGAUGGCGUCAAUCCUGUCUCACGCGUUGCACGCAUCCCGUCUGCGCUGUACAAGUUCAGCAACGUUGCGCAAGCCAUGUCGUCUAGCGAGUGGCUCGCAGACGGUGGCACCGAGUUACGGAUGAAGCUUGCACUGCCCAGCUCACUCCUGUGUAACCGGAGACGAGAUUCCGUCCCCGUUUGCGACGUGUCUGAGUUCAGAGCCAUAUUUUGUAUGCCUAUACUGUUGUGUCGUGUGGAAAUGCGCGUCUGUUUUGCCUAUGAGUGUGUGUUUGUAUGUGUGUUUGUGGGCUACGUUAAAAGCCACAGGGCAGCUUUACGUAAGCCGCCUGUAUUUGUAUUGAGGAGAUGUAGCGAGGCAAGACCUUAAUCAACAAUGUAAAUGUAAAUAGCAACAGUCGUUUCUUUACUUCUUUUGGUGCACAAGCCUAAGUGCCGUACGGCCACAUGUCGCGUACUUUAAUAUAAGAAAAUGCAUGAUAUAGGAAACAAAUAUAUCUGUAAGGACUUGUAUUGCGAGCGUACUUAAAGAGCACAUUUGUGUGUGAGUAUUCUAUGACUGAAUUUUUGUGAAAGAGUAUUACUGAUGCAGGGGUGCAAAUUCUCGUUAGCCUCUUUAGAGUCUCACGUCGUCGAAAUGAACUUGUUCUUUUUUUGGGGGGGGGGGGAAUACAGUAGUACGUACGAUUAAGCUUAGUCCUUUCAGCCUAAACUCACUCGCCACGCAACCAGCAUAUCCAAUUCUCUGGAAUGUUCAAAUGAGCUCUUAUUUGAUAUCGUGGGAUCAUAUGACACUACUGUAUAUGCGAGUGCUAACAAAUGUCAUCGCGUACCAGAAGCUCUUCUAAAGGAGGUGCCAACUUCGGAGUCACGGCGUGGUGAAAAGUAUUCAUGGUUCAGUAUCUGAAUAUGUCUGAAAAAUUAUUUUUCAAUUGCAAAGCACUAUGCAACACAUAAAAACUUACACGAGUAAAAACAGACCUACAGUAAACCAGUUUUAGAGUAAUAGCAUCAGUACAGGUAUCGGCUUUGUUAUGAGCGUUUUCAUCCUAUAAGUUUUUGAAGUCGAUGUACUAUAGGAAAUUCGUAGCAAGUCCGGUGUAAAGACUAAUAGGCACAUGAGCUUUGCCGCUAUCGCUUGCUGUACCCCGUCCGCAGCGCGCAGCAAUACAUACAGGGUCCUAGGUUCAAACGCCAAUAUUUACUCACGGAACUCGAGUACCGUGCACCCGGCCAGACAACUGCCCUUCAGGUGCGAAGGCUUCGUCUUUUACGCAUCCCCACGACUGGGGUGUGCAUGCACCAACAAGGUAGUAAGCGUGCGAGGGCUCCAUGGGCGGUGCCCUACAUCCUGUAAUACGUAAGUUUAAAAAAAAGCCGCACUGAAAUAGUGGGCGGCAUCACAGUGACGAAAUUUUGAUGAGACCCGUGAACAACUGCCUUGUUUUUUUUUUCGGUUAUUAUCACGUGGCGCAAUUAGUCCAGAAGAACUCCAACCACCUGGCGGGGUGACCUUCACAGAGCUCUUUACCUUGGCAGGUCGGCCAAGAAAAACGUAAAACGUCAUCGCACAUGCUGCACCGAGCAGUCUAGUACGGAUAUCAAGCUUCGUAGUUUGCACUAAGCAGAGUCCGGUGCUGUUGUACUUCGAACAGUGCAGUCUAAAUCACAUGCACUGUGGUCGAGAUCACGAAAACGGCGAAAAAAGGGAUUUUGUUAUAACAAGGGUUUCGUUUACAUCGUAUCGUCAAGUUUUAAACUCAUUAGCUGUUCUUUAGGCGCAUCAGUGCGUAGUAGCCAUGGCGAAUUGAUUACACAUUAUAGUUAGAAAAGUUCUUUACCAUAGGCAUUAUUAGACAAGAGGGCCGUAAAAUGCCCGGAAGUCUGCGCUGUCUACACAAGGCCAGACAAUGUCAUUUGCUAUGUAAGGGUACUUGUCGUAUGUGGAACUUUGCCAACGACUUACAAAUUCUUACCACCUUAGCAUGUCAUGGUGUGAAAGAGAUGAAAAAUUGAAAUGUUUUCCUUCAUGUUCAUUUAAUUUAAGGCAAUGCAACGAUUGUGCAUUCAGUUUGGUAAUGGUGAAUAAAUAUUGUACUUGCAUGAAAGCAUAAAGUGCGCAAUAGCAUGUUAAAAAUAACACAAUAAUUUGAACAGCAAUUUAUCCUCCUCUACUAUAAACAUAUUUCCAGCUCUCAUUGUACAUACAGUGUAGUGAACUGUGUAUAUCGUCAACCAGUGGAGAUGUUUCGCGCACAGGCUUUUACAACACAAAACAGCUUAUUAAUUUUUUUAGAUCAUUCGUGAGUGUACUGCUAUUUGUGAUGUCCAAUAAUGUGUGUGUGUGCAUGUGCGCGUGACUGAUAAGAUGGAAGAAUAAUAGAUUAUAAAACAAGCUUUUGUAGUCAUUGGGGCACCAAAUGCCGAGCCCUUUGUUUGUCUUGAUAUUAUCCUCUGUCUUUCUUCUGUCAGAAGUGAAGUUUUGGUUUGCACAGUAUUUGCAGCCACAUCUAUACUCUGGGGAUGAAUGCCAAAAGCUGCGCUCUUGUCUCUACAAAUGAUGUUGUGAAUAUAUACUGACGCUUUUACGCUGCCUUAAUGUUCUGAGGUGAGGGAAGAAAAGUAACUUGUGCUCAUAAUUUUCUGUCAUGAACCGGUCCCAUAGUUUAUGUGAGAAAUGUCCUCAAUUUGCGUAAGAAAUGCUGUUAUUUCUCGCCUUGGUUUUUGAUAGGUCGGUAAGUUUGUCCUAAUGAAAAUCGAGACAUUAUAUUCAGGUCUUGUUCGUUAGAGAGGAAGUACACUCAGCUUUUUCUUCAUUGUUAUUCUGCUUCUGAUGGUGCUCCCUUAGACCUACGUGAUAAACGUUUGCCGAAAACGCUUGCUUGUAGCACUUUUAAUACAGAUUCAGUCACCAGAUAUGGAAGCUUCUAUUGACCGCUUAUCUUUCGAGAAGUAAGACAAUAUCUGCGUUAGUGGCAUUAACAUGAAAUUGUUGCUCUUCUGGCCAUUUUCCUUUUGAACAGCGUGACACUCAAUACACAUUGUUUGUGCCACCAAAUACGAGCUCUUUGCGAUUCAAUAUUAGAAAACCUGGUUUUCUUAGAUUGCAUUCAACAAAUUUAACAUUCUAAGCUACGUAAUGUUAUCAAAUGUUUAAUAUGCUCCUUUAUAUUCCUCUCACUGACCGACCAUCAGGUAUCUUCAUAGCAGCCUCCAGCAUUUCCUGCUGGUCAAGAAGCAAAGCACAGUACUCUACAGAUACACCAGUGCAGCAGCGCUGCGAAAAGCUAUCUCUAGCAACUGCUCAAGGAGAAUAAGGAAACAAAGUACAACGUUCAUCAUUCCAUAAAAGUAAAUUGUCUCCGUCUUUUUAACUGAGCUGCUUAACUUGCAACUAGCACUUAGUCAAUUUUGCUAGUUGACACAGACUCUCUAAUCUUGCAGCCUUCCGUACUCUUGCACAUCACCCGCGGCAACCCUAAAUACUGCUUCAUCAUGCACGCAACGCUACUGCAAUCAUAUAUAAGAACCAUCAUUCAUGUGAGGACUCCAACGCCGCAAGGUUAUCGAUAUGUGUCAUUUUUUCUAUGUUAUUAUAUAUCCAGCAUUCGUGCAACUUCACGCGUCUCGUGCGAUUGAACUUGCGUUUCUGAAUAUAUGGCGUCAUUAAUAAAAAAAAAACGAAACACCCUUAGCACGGUGAACCUGCUAUGCUGUGUUUUUAGGAGUGUGACAGCAAAAGGACGAAAAAUGAUCAUUCUAUUGUAUUUCCUCCAUUAUAACACCUUGCGCAGACUAUUCCAGACGACGUUUGCCUUAAGUAUGUAUCGAUCGUGUGUAAAAUUGUUUUGUAUAUCAUGCAUGUGCCACUGUAUCGCUUUUCUGUUUGCUUUGAGAACGACCCGCUCGCGGGUCAGUACGUCGAUAAAGUCUCUACACAUCAGCGUUUAUAGCCGUCGCUAGAGCGUAACUGAGAAAAAAAAGUUAUUUGUAUAGCUACAAGAAUUGCUCUUCAUGAAGCGUUCGAGAUCUCUCGGCUGUAAGUUGUGGUAAUAAAGUAUAUUUUUUCUUGUA